AUGACCUCCGUGGAAAGGAUUCUUCAGUACAUGAACCUUCCUAAGAAAGAACCUAUUACCUCGGACAAUCCACCGUCACCUACAUGGCCAUCCCAAGGACAAUUGAUUUUAAAGGAUGUGAACAUGAAAUAUCAUAUCGAUGAUUCACCAGUUUUGAAGAAUCUGAAUGCAUCCAUCGAGCCUGGCUGGAAAAUUGGGAUGGUUGGACGAAUUGACGCCGGCAAGUCCUCCUUGAUCUCG